AUGGCACCCGCUCCUACCGGCGAUGCCUAUGUGCGAAUCCUCAAGACCCCACCACCAGCCGGAACUCCAUACUCCCUUCCAGUUCCUGGUAGUGAAAAAGAAAACCGCACGCCGAUCUACCGUCACUGGCAGUUUGUAGACAAACCACUUCUAGAAACUCUUGAUCCUAAGAUUCUUACUGUUCACGAUUCAUUUGAAGCAUCCUUGAAAAAACGGUCUAACUAUCGCUGUCUUGGGAGUCGACCUUGGGACGCAGCAUCCCAGACAUUUGGACAAUUCGAAUGGAUGACAUAUGGUGAAGUCGCAGCAAGGAGAGAGAAUUUUGGUAAGGGUUUAGUGGAACUACAUCGAAAGGCCGGCGUAACGACUCCCAAAUACGGCAUUGGGUUAUGGUGCCAAAACCGACCAGAAUGGCAGAUCGCAGACCUAGGGUGUAUGUCGCAAUCGCUCUACACAGUGUCAAUUUAUGAUACACUGGGCCCAGAAGCAACAGAGCACAUAAUCAAUCACGCUGAAAUUGUCUGUGUUAUAUCUUCCCUUGUACACGUACCAACUUUGUUGAAGUUGGCUCCUCGCAUCCCAACACUGAAGAUAAUAAUAUGCUUGGAUCCCAUUGAUGCUGGUGAGAGGCCAGGAAAUUCCAAAGCAGAUAUACUAAAUGCCAUUGCACGAGAUGCUGGAAUCACAAUUCAUUCUAUGAAAGAGGUAGAACAGUUGGGGGCAGUCUCCGGGCUAUCCAUGAAUCCUCCGCGAGCAGAAGAUAUUAUCACCAUAAAUUACACAUCAGGCACUUCGGGGAUUCCAAAGGGAGUCAUCCUGACCCACAGAAAUGCUAUUGCUGGUGCCUCCUGUGGACGCGUUCUCGCUGAAUCUUCGCCCUCUGACGUCGUCAUCUCGUACCUUCCUCUCGCACACAUCUAUCAGCGGGUAGCCGAACAAGGGUGUUUUAGUGUGGGAUCUGCCAUUGGAUACUUCCAUGGAGACAUAUUCAAGUUGAUCGAAGACAUAAAGUUAUUGCGGCCUGCAGGGUUUAUAAGUGUACCGCGCCUCUACAAUAGGUUUGGUUCUGCAAUUCGUGCCGAGACUACAGACGCAACUGGACUUAAGGGUGCCGUAGCACGUCACAUUAUCAACACCAAACUUGCAAAGCUAAAGCUACCUCCUGGUCAGGCCACGAAUAAACACCUCUUCUACGACUACUUUUUCGCACACAAGCUCCGCAGUGCUUUUGGACUUCAGCGUGCCAAGACGAUGGUUUCGGGCUCAGCACCCCUUGACCCAAAUUUACACCAACUUCUUCGAGCUGCUUUUGGAAAUACAUUUAUCCAGGGAUACGGGUUAACCGAGACAUACGCGAUGGGCACAUACCAGCAUGAAAAUGACCUGAGCGUGGGUAACUGCGGCAUGGUAGCUCCAUCAAUGGAGGCAUGUUUACAAUCAGUCCCAGAUAUGGAAUAUUUAGUAACAGACUCACCAAAUCCCCGAGGUGAACUCCUUCUAAGAGGCAACGCUCUCUUUCGCGAAUACUAUAAGAACCCUUCCGAGACUGGAAGCGCCAUAUUAAGCGAUGGAUUCUUUAGAACUGGCGACAUUGCAGAAAUUGACAGCAUGGGUCGUGUAAAAAUUAUUGACCGAUUAAAAAAUGUCUUAAAACUUGCUCAGGGCGAAUAUAUCUCACCAGAGCGUAUCGAAAAUGUUUAUCUGGGUAGUACAAACUUGUUGACACAAGCUUACGUACAUGGUGAUUCAACACAAGCAUUCCUCGUGUGUGUAUGCGGAAUAGAUCCAGUCGCUUUCGCCCCAUUCGCUGGUAAAGUUCUUAACAAAUCAAUAGCUGUUACCGAUCUCGAUUCUAUAAAAUCAGCGGCUCGUACAGAUCAAGUGCGGCGUGCUGUCAUCAGGGAGCUUGACAUUAUUGGCAAGAAAAACAAAUUCAACUCAUAUGAAAGGGUUCGUAGUGUAUGGCUCGAAGUUGAACCAUUCAGUAUUGCGAACGAUCUUCUGACCCCCACUCUCAAGCUUAAACGUCCUCAAACAGCAAAGAAAUACCGUCCGCAGAUUGACACAAUGUAUGCAGAAGCAUUAGCCGAAGAAUCAAUGAAAGCCAAGUUGUAA